AUGCAGCGAUUCACCCUCACAGCGUUCAUGAAGAUGAGCGAUGCUUUGAUGACAAGGUCCAGAAGGGAGCAAGAAGCCGGCCAGAAGAGCUUCUCCGGGCAUCACUCCUGUUGGCAGACCUCUAGACAGGAUUGCUUUCUCCAGGAUCCCUGCAUGAACGAUCCAUGCCCCGAAACCUGCAAGGAUGGCCCUAAGAAGGAUCUCCCUAAGAAAGGGCCACCUAAGAUAGAGCCACCUAAAAAAGAGCCACCGAAGAAGGAUCCCAUCGAAAAGAAGAGCCCGUGUCCUCCGGAAAAGAAAAAACCAAGCCCACCUCCUGAAAAGAAGAAACCGGAUCCUUGCAAAAAGCCAAAACCAUGUCCGGAUCCUUGCAAAAAGCCAAAACCCUGUCCGGAUCCUUGCAAAAAGCCAAAACCCUGUCCGGAUCCUUGCAAAAAGCCAAAACCCUGUCCGGAUCCUUGCAAAAAGCCAAAACCCUGUCCGGAUCCUUGCAAAAAGCCAAAACCCUGUCCGGCUCCUUGUAAAAAGCCAAAACCAUGCCCUGAUCCUUGCAAGAAAAAAUGGUUCUUUUUUUAA